GCUUUGCAGCGCCGGCUAGGCGCGGCGAGGAGAAGCGGUGGGAAGGCGCAACCGCUCACCUGCGGGGCAGCGCGCACCGGAGGGACCGGGCUGCGCUCUCGUGGGCCCUGGCAUUCGGACUCUACCGGAGCCUUGCAAGCGGCUACGCUCCGGGUGUUCCCCGCCGGUCUGCCCGGAGGAGCCGAGGGGCCACCGGCAGCUCUUUGCUUUGACCGAGGGGAGGCGGGGAGAGAGGCGAGCCAGGCAGAAACUCGAGCCGGGAACAAAGAGGGAUCGGGCUCGAGUGUGUGUGUGUGUGUGUGUGUGUGUGUGUGUGUGUGUGUGUGUGUGUAAGUGUGUGUAUCGGCCCGAGCUGCGGGCUGGAACAUUUGGACCCGAAGCUCCUGCUGUGACUCCCCAAGACUCCGCCGUGCCAGCCACCGCCGAUUCCCAGCGCUCAUCAGCACAAACUUUAUUCUUGGCAAACUUCUCUUUUUCUCCCCUCCUCCUCCGCCCCCUCCCCCUCCAGCAGAUUAAAUGCUCCUCCAGAAGGAAAACUGAAGCGAAAGGGAAGGAAAGAAGCUCUAACGCGGACGUCUGCAGCCCGGGUGGCUCUUUAUUGUUUACUCUGAAGGAAGUGGACUUUUCGGUAUUUUCUGAUUCUUCUCGCACCUCCGCUGGGGCAAACGGAGCCUCUUGGCCCGGCUCUCCUCUUCUCAAAAACAAAACAAAACCCGAAAUCAGCAUCCGAGGAAUCCGUGGAGAGGUUUUGCACGGUGACGCACCACGAGACCCUCGUUUGCACUUUGGAAAGUCGUGUCCCCUCCGGAACCGGUGUCCUCGAAGCACAGACCCCAGCAGCGAGUGCGGCGUGGGGUGGCCACCCAGCCCUGGCAGCCUAGCCUAGUGCACGCGGAGCGGCGUAGACGCUCUGAGAGGCGCCGGCGGCUGCCGCCCUCGCAGUCUGGUGCCCUUCGCCCCAGGGCCGGGCGCCGGCGUCCUUCUAAGUGGGAAAGCGCGGCAAUCGCAGAGGCUCCUGCAGCUGCUCCAGCCGUGGGCCCCUCGCUUGCCCACCCCGCUUCCAUUCACAGUCCUUCCGCACUCAGUCUUCCAACUCCCCCACCUCACAUCGACCCUCCCUUCCUGCUGUCUCGGAGUGCUCCCGCAGCGGAGCGGAGAUUACACAGCCGCCGGGAUGCCCCAACUUUCCGGAGGCGGCGGCGGGGGGGACCCGGAACUCUGCGCCACCGAUGAGAUGAUCCCCUUCAAGGACGAAGGCGAUCCCCAGAAGGAGAAGAUCUUCGCCGAGAUCAGUCACCCCGAAGAAGAGGGCGACUUAGCCGACAUCAAGUCAUCCUUGGUUAACGAGUCCGAAAUCAUCCCAGCCAGCAACGGGCAUGAGGUGGUCAGACAAGCCCCGUCCUCUCAGGAGCCCUACCACGACAAGGCCAGAGAACACCCUGAUGACGGAAAGCAUCCAGACGGAGGCCUGUACAACAAGGGACCCUCCUACUCCAGUUACUCUGGCUACAUAAUGAUGCCCAAUAUGAACAGCGACCCGUACAUGUCAAAUGGGUCCCUUUCUCCACCCAUCCCGAGGACAUCAAAUAAAGUGCCGGUGGUGCAGCCCUCUCACGCGGUCCACCCGCUCACCCCCCUCAUCACCUACAGCGACGAGCACUUUUCUCCGGGAUCCCACCCGUCACACAUCCCGUCAGAUGUCAACUCCAAGCAAGGCAUGUCCAGACACCCUCCAGCUCCUGAAAUCCCCACCUUCUACCCCCUGUCUCCGGGCGGCGUUGGACAGAUCACCCCACCCCUUGGCUGGUUUUCCCAUCAUAUGAUUCCUGGUCCCCCUGGCCCCCACACAACUGGCAUCCCUCAUCCAGCUAUUGUAACACCUCAGGUCAAACAGGAGCAUCCCCACACGGACAGUGACCUAAUGCACGUGAAGCCUCAACAUGAACAGAGAAAGGAGCAGGAGCCAAAAAGACCUCACAUUAAGAAGCCUCUGAAUGCUUUCAUGUUAUAUAUGAAAGAAAUGAGAGCGAAUGUCGUAGCUGAGUGUACCCUAAAGGAGAGUGCAGCUAUCAACCAGAUCCUGGGCAGAAGGUGGCACGCCCUCUCCCGGGAAGAGCAGGCCAAAUAUUAUGAACUAGCACGGAAAGAGAGACAGCUACACAUGCAGCUUUAUCCAGGCUGGUCAGCGCGAGACAAUUAUGGCAAGAAGAAGAAGAGGAAGAGAGAGAAGCUACAGGAAUCGACUUCAGGUGGUAAGAGAAGCUCCUUCCCAACGUGCAAAGCCAAGGCAGCGACCCCAGGCCCUCUUCUGGAGAUGGAAGCUUGUUGAAACCCCAGACUGUCUCCACAGCUUGCCCGGCUGACCCCAAGGAACACUGACAGCAACCUUACCCUGAGGUCACUGCUAGCGCUGACCCACAGACAACAGUCACUGCCACCUCUUCCUUCUGUCUACUGCAAGCGCCGACUUCCAAAAAGAAAGCCGAAAACGGUUGUUUCGGAAAAAGAAAAAAAAAAUUUUUUUCAGCCCAUGAGAAGGCUAGCAGGCCCUGCCCACUGAGCGGCACUGCCUCCGGUCUCUGCGAUUCUCCAGCAUCUUCUGCGCCAACCUGUCACCCUUUCGCAAGGACAGACAGGACCUUGGCUGUGUUUGCCUUGUCACGUGCAACUAGAAAGCCAGCGACCAGAGCGGGUAUCCUGGUGUGAGAAUUGUGAAGACUACUCUCGCUCCUGUCUUCAUUUUCCUAUCCAAAUUUUUAUUUAACAGUACAAAAGGAUCAAGUUUGUGUUUGCUUCUUCUUCUUCUUCUUUUUUAACUUGGAAUUUUUAAAUUUACUCUUUUUUUUUUUAUUUUUAUUUUCCUUGUAUAUUUUUGCUAACUCUGAGCUUUUAAGUGAAAUUCAUAGGUCUGGAAGAGUUUGAAAUAAAAACAAGAUGAAAAGAA